UUUUUUGAAUAAAGUAGAAGUCCAAACAUUUUUAUCGAUAUUGGGUCUGAACCUGAAGAAGCCACCAUCAAGAGGGAAGAUCUCUACUAUCCCAAGUAGAGGUUUUUAUUUCUCAUCAACACAGGAACCUUGCGUCGUCAUUGCUUGCAACUACUGAUCCACCUGCAAAAAUAAACCAUGGCUGGUUACCUACUGCGUGGGAGCAGCUGCGCGGAGGCGGAUCAGCGAAGAAUGCGUCCUUCUUUCCGACAUUGGAUGAUUUUGUGCUGUGUCCGGGGCGGCCUGGAUCUGAUUGGCACGCAGAUGGAAUCUACCGGUGUGGCGACCGUGCGUGUUCUUGCCGCGCAGAGCAGCACGAGGAAGUCGAUGAAUUCUCCUGCGUCGACUAUGUUGACCCGGGAUCAGCAACAAGGGGAGCCUAAAAAUCCUUCGGCUGAAAAAGAAAAAGUUGGAGAGGCGCUGAAGACGGAACAAGAGCAGAACCGACUCCCGCAAGCAGUGCCGGGUUCAUCGCGAGAUGAUUUGCAUCACGGUGGUUCUGGUACCCGCAACGGGCCGUCUCAACAUUCGCCCUCUGCCUCCGUCUUGCAAACCACAAAGAACAAAAUGAAUCCUGAUGCUGGAGCAGGAAAAGGCGAAGCCGGGUCCUUGGGCCCCCACUCUGUGCAGCAACGGGUUGAAAAGAAAAACCUUAAUCUUGUUCUUCCCGAAAAGCCAACCUCCUCGCUGGCAAAACGCACGGAAAGCAAGUCAAGAUCGGAGUUUGGGGAGAAUGUUUCGUCUGCAGCGGUGCCUGCUCAAGAAAACAAACUGGUGCAAGUGCGACAACUACCUUCUUCGACCUCGUCGUUUCUCGGUAAGCAAGACAACUGUUGUGGUGCUCCGGAAGAUAAAGGUGAAAGAGACCGCUGGGCCGCGCGUCAGCAGAUGAACAACGCCGGGGGAGGAGUUCCCGCAGCGCAAGAGUCACGUUCUGUGCCAACAAGUCCCAACGCUCGUAUUCCUCCGGAUAGCAUCAACAUGCUGGACGGCGGUGGUGGCGUUGCCCCCAGAAAGGUGGUUCCGCCACCGCCACCACGGACUCGGGUUGCGAGUACACAAGGUGGUGACGAUCCUACUGCCCGAGGAGGCGGAGUGUCGACUGACGAUCCGCGAGACGCCGGUGGCCCUGGCGGGAACCUCCGCGGGACUCUGCCUGUUGACGAUCCGUACGUGGGAGCAGGGGCUGGACCGCAAGUGCCGCGCCCGCGCCCGAAAGUGGCUGCGAAGUGGCCCGCGCGGCUAGGAGUGCGUCGCCGGGACGCCGCGAGGGGUACGGGAGGCGACCCCGCCCACAGUAGCAUCGGGGCUCAUCACCAACGGUCAGAGCUACCCGACGGCCCGGGACACGACACAAGCACUCUGAUGGACCAGGAAACGCCGGCGGGGCCCGGCAGCGCGGAGCACAAGACAAAACGUGACGGCGGGGGCUUCAACAUCCCCGGGGUCCCAAAGAUCGGGCUUCCUACGGGUCUCCCUCGCCUCGCGGUCUCUGGCCGAAAAUCUCCCGCACCCGUCCCACCCGAGACCGGCGCGUCAGCUCAUGAUGCCAUGGAAGCACCAGACAUUGUGGAUGAGAAGCUGGUUCUGCCGGACGAGGCGGCUUUCGCCCCUCGGCCGGUCGACGGGCUGCCCACGGAGGAGGUGCCGGAAACUAUGGUGCAGGAGCUGGGGCAUGCGGAAGCAAAGGCAGACGGAGACGUGGGAUUGAAAGACGUGCUUUUAACAUUCCAGCCUCCGCGUGGAGGUGGAGGGUGGGCGUCCACCGCGUACCGGAUGGCACGUGGGCGCCAGCGGCCAACCGAAAACGUGGUGGAUUUGGUUCCAGUUGAGCCCGACCGUGUUCCUCGUUUAUUACCUGCUCCGUUGGAAUAUCCAGAUCCAAAGGAAGAGGAACCCAAAACAAUCGAGGGCGAAGCUUUGCUGCCUAUCCACCUCCAGCAUGCUUCGUCGCCCUUGCCUAAGAGCAUCCUCGAUAGUCAGCUGCUGCAAUCUUUUGAAAACAGGGUUACAUCCUCGGCCGCGGCGUUGAAGCUGUACCAAAUAACCUUCGGUGGCAGUGGUCGUGCUCAAGGGGGCACUGGUCAGACCGUUGGUGGUUUGCAUCUCGAAGGGUGGAUUGAAGACGACGAGGACUUGGGCAGCGAUUUCCAAGGCCGCAUUGUAGAGCAGAAAGAGAUAUUGAAUCUGAAACUGCCCGGCGAUCAUGAAAACCAAAAAAUCUCUGGGCCUUUCAUGGUCAAGAUCGAGUAUGCCAAAAAGGGCACGACUGGAGACCAAGAAGGCGGGCUGAUUAAGAGCCGCUGGUUCAAAGUCGUUGGCUACGAUGGAGGCGUGCGCACGGAUUCCGAAGCUUGGAAGGUGGUGGGGAGAGAUUACAAGGUUUGGAAGUUAUUACGAGACGAAGCACAAAGCCGUUGCCAUUCUUCAGCGACGCCCAAAGCGGUUUCGCAGGACACGUGGGAGGAGAUGAGUAGCGGAUACCGGCGCUAUCGAAGCGACCACGGGAAGGAGGCUGUUGUUGCGCAUUAUAUCAUUACUCAGCUCGCAGCUACGACGUCAUGGCGCCACGCUUUUCUUGUCGCUGCACCCACGGUGGAUGCGACCCAAGUGAGGCUAAGAGAUGACGGGCGCGGGACCAAGACGAGGUGCAGUUAUCAGGGCAAGUCAGAAGGUGGCGUUCAAAGCCCGGCGCGUGAGUUUGUUAUCGACAUGCCACUCAGCGACAUCCGCAAAGAUGUCGGGGGGGAUAUGGUGGCGACUGAAGAUGGAGGACACCACCUCGACGCGAAAAUUGUGGGCCAAUAUCAACUUGACCUCGCCUCUGAUGACGGGGGCGCACAGCCUUUUGUGUACAAUCUGGAGGCAGCGAUCGACGACGAGGAUUUUUUGAGUGAAAAACAUGUUCGACAAGAAGUCCGCGUCUUAGAGGUCACCUCCAGAAGUGACCCUGAUAAAAAACCAGAGCAAGGGUCUGCUACGGACCCGUUCUGGGUCAAGAUCGAGAUGAAGUACACUGGCGGACGCUUCAACUCGUCAUUUCGAAAGAACACCAAGAAAAACACGUGGUUCAAGGUAGUUGGCGCGUUUCAUAAUAAUAAGCGGGGCGAUUCCCAAGGGACCUUUUGGAGAUUGUAUGUGUCUGUGCUUCAUGCGUUCAGUAACGUCAGGCCGCACCAGCGCUAUGUUUUAUUCGCCGGGCAACUUAUUGCUGCGGCAGCCCCGCCUCUUCCCCGGUCUGUGUUGUUGCCCUGUGGCCACUGCCUGGGCUACAUUAUUCGCGUGUAUGUUCGCAUUGACAUUAGGUAGUACGUCAAUGGCGGGUGCUGGGCUUUGGUGAGGUCUCCGUAGCUGGAACCUGCUCAGUGCAUAUCCGCGGUUCUCCGAGCGACGACGACGUGCAGCGGAAGGCAGCAAGCCUCGUCAGGCGCACGCUGUGGACCAAUUUACGCAAGGCGUGUCGGCGGCACCUUUUAGCACAUUGCAGGCGAGUCAGUCGUGCUGCUUGAAAUAAGUGCCAUCCGUUUAUUAAGUUUCUUUUCAUCGUUGCGAUUUUUGUCGUGCGCCUCUCGCCAGCUGCCCGUCAGUGACUAGCUGUCUUCCAGCAGCGCUUAUUUGCAUGAUCUUGUUGCUGUGGGUCGGCGUCAAGCUAUAACAAACUCGGAUGCAUGUAGUAGCCUGCAUUCCUCCCUGGCUGAGAAAAAGAAGAAGAGCUGCCCACCUGCAGCCUUUGCUGGGUGCAGUCGAGGUGCGGAUUUUCAUUUUUACAUGUCUAUCUGGACUUUUAGGCGCUCCGCCCACGCACUUCCAUAUGCAGCAGACCAGAUCGCGACGAGGUCGGUCCAAAACCCAAAGAAGGCGAAGUGGUACAAUAUGGAAUUUGUAGGACUUGGGAUUAGCCACCAAGACAAGAAGAUGCAUGUGGAGGCGGACAAGGUGAAGCGCAUUGCGAGCGCGGCAGACGGAGCGAUGGCCGGGACCGGGAGUGGCAGCGCCGGUGAAGCGGGACACGCGGAGCGCCCUGCGAGCGCGCCAGCACUGGCAGGAGGCGCGGGUGAGGCCAUGCCUACACAGCCGACGAAAGAAGAAGCUGUCGAAAAGAUGCGCGAAGGCGAAGUGGAUAAGAAAUAUGUACUCGCACAACAUGGUACGCUGACUGCCGAAGACGAUGCCUCCUCCAAACAGGCGACGUUUAGCUACAACAAAGCCGCAGCGCAAGAAGCUGGGCAACCACAAAAAACUAAAACUCUGCCUCUUGACUUUAACGUGCCGAUACGUGACUUUGUCGCCACUGCUUCGACAAGUGUCAGAAUGACGAAACUGUACCAAAUAAAGUUCUCACCCGAAAUAGGAAAGCAGUUUGAGCGGGUCCACGGCCUCAACUUGGAGGGGUGGAUUGACCGCGAGGAUGCGGAGAUCCCAGCGCGUAUCCUGGAGGUCAAGCGCGCGCGGGAAGAGCCCAGUGAAGUGCCUGGAGUUGGUGGCGAGAUGAAGGACCACUUUCUGGUGCAGAUCGAGUUCGGAAGGCCGGCAGACGGGCAGACGCACGCAUCUUUGUUCGAGGUCGUUGGACUUUUUGGGCGGCCAAAUGGAAAGAGGAGUCCGCCUGUUGGCCCCGAUCCAUUAGGAUCGUGGAACGAGUAUGAGAAUUUUCUCCAUUGGCUUGGCGGAGCCACGCUUUGCGAGGGUUCACUUUGCGAUGCCUCUUUCGAUUGAUCCGAACGGCGGAGAGGCUUUGCCGCUGAACAACCAAAUCAAUGGGCUCCUUCAUCUAGGAUUUAAAUGUCUGUUUGCUGUGCCUGCAGGUCGCCGCUGCUUGCCUCAAAGAAGGGCGCGCGCGUUUUGUAUUUGUAGGCAUAAAAAAAAGAGCGGCUGGCGCAGAAGGGCAGCUGCGCCAAAGAAGUGUGGCAUCGCCUCGGCAGACAAGCAAGUGAAACCCUCGCAAGGAAUGGUCGUAGCGUUCACCACCAGAUUUUCUAUUCUAUAUUCGCGGCUUACAUGAUGAUGAUCAUGAUUUGCUCUUCAAGAUCGCAGAAGCAGUUGCGCAGGAAGAAGCUGCGCAGGAACACAAAAGCGCACCCUCGUACAUAAAUUACGGCUUCCUCAAUGAUCACGACGGUGCAACGUAUCUGGAACACGAGGUGUAUUACUACCGCGUAGAACUAGAAGCCGAGGAGAAGGACGGCAAGGAGGCGGUGGCGCCGCGCAGUGUCUUGGCCAGACAGGUAAGUACUUUUUACUUAGCUAAAGGUGAUGCAUUUACCUGGAGCACAUAAUUAAUGGCUCGUUUUUGCAAGUGUCAUUUCUCCUGACAUGCUUGUAGGGGGAUUGAUAAGAAAACUAGUAGGGCCUACUAGUUUGCUAAACAAUAUAUAAGGUCCAUUAUAGCCGACUCGGAAAAGAAGUAAGGUUUUGAAGCCUUAACCUAAAGUUCUGCGACCUGGACUGACGCCUUCACUGAAGUUAAACCCUAACUGAAGGCUUCAAAGCCUUAGCUUCUGGCAUCUUAGCCGAGUCUUGUCCUUAAUAGUCUGAGGCCUAGCUUACUAGUUCGUUUCUUCAUCGUCUUCAUCAUUUAAAGGCAAAUCUCAUCCAAUGCCCGCGUCAGCAAGACCGAAAGUACAAAGACGUACGCACUUUUUUGUUUUUUGUUCAGGGUCGUGGCGGCCGCCUUCAGCACAAGAAGAAGGUGCUUGACACUCCGGCUCCGCAGGUAGUCCCGGCGGAAGAUGUUACUUUUGGUCCCCGGACAAUCGGUUCAACUUCAAGUACGCCGCUGGAAACUACCUUUGAAUACGAGGCAGAUAUUCACAUAGGGACGGAAGAGGUGAGUUUAACAAGUGUCCCCCCUUCAGCUGCCAAUGGGAGGAAGCUAACCCUGGGUUUUUCGCACAAGGGACAGCCCGGUGUUGUGCUGGACUUCGUCCCUGACCUGCCGGAAGGACCAACAACGAUUGAGGGUGAAGCUCUGCAAUUUGGAGGCCCGCUGCUGCCGCCGGAAGGAGGGACAGUUCCGGCCGCGGCGGUGAAGCUGUACCGAAUAAGCCUGGCGGACGACCGAGACCGUGACCUUCAUCUCGAAGGAUGGAUUGAAAACGACGAAAAAUUCAAGGGCGGCGUAUUCGCAGGCCGGGUCGUAGGGUUACGAGAAAUUUUUGUUUUUCCUGAUAGCCAAAAAGCCUUGUGCGGGCCAUUCUUGGUCCAGAUCGAGUACUAUAAUGCUGAAACAAAACGAGACUGGUUCAAAGUCGUUGGUAUCGACGGGGGCUCGAAUCCUUCUUGGAAGCUGGGUACAACAACCCAAACAGAGGGCGAUUGGCAUAAUAUGCGUUUGGAUGCAGCCAAGGCGGCGGCGGCGCCUGAGAAUGAUCAAUGGAAGGCGAUGAGCAGCGGUUAUCUUUAUCGCCUCAGCGGGAAGCAAGCUCAUGGGCGGUACCUCAUUACCAAGCCUGGCGCAACAACGUCGUGGCGCCAUGCCUUCCUUGCCGGCGAUAAUUUUGGCGUGGAGCGGGUUGGGACCUUGAGUGCCGCACUCGACGGGACUCCUGGGACGCAGUUUACCUAUGACCACGACAAAACGCUACAACUUAAGUGGUCACUGGAUGAAAUUCGCACUGGGUUGAGUACUGGAAGUGCGGAUGCGCCAGCUAGUGCCACGACAGAAAGCAGCCCUAUCGGAAGACGCUGUAGUGGAGGAGCUUGUUCUCAAGAAUCCUCGUCGGACAGUACGCCGUCUCAGGAACUGACGGUGAAAGUGGUGAAGCAGUACGAGAUGGUACUCCCAGAAAACAAAUUCAUCCGGGCGCUCCACAUGGAGGGUGCAAUCGACUUGGCUCUGGAAGAAUUCAAAUCGAAGGGACGCAUCUUAGAGGUAGUGCGGGAGCAGGCUCUGUACGGGUGGCCGUGGUUCUGGAUUAAAAUUCAAGGGUCGACGAGCUUGGCGAGUUCGCUAUCGGCGAAGGAGGCAUGGUUUAAAGUAGUUGGCAUUAGUCCCAAGGGCGGCGGCGGGCCAGAUCAAGAUGAUUGGCAGUUGAAGACCCCAACACUACAGGAGAUCGGGGAUCAGUCGGGACCUUGUAGCGAUUGGGCCCAAAUGUUGGAUUAUGUUGAGCAGACGAUAAAGGACGAUCGGUCGCUUAGCGUUAACCCGCGCUCCUACAGGAGUCAGUGGCACACGCUAACCGAUCUCGGCCUUUACGUUAUCACCGACGCCAAUGUCAACGACUCCGCAGCAAGGUUGCCCAAUGUGAAGAAGGCUCGAGACGAGCACGACACGGAUGUAGGUGGGGCGCUGAAGAAAGGUGUGAUCGCGGACCAGUGGGAGUUCACCUAUACCGACAGAACAAAUAGGAGAAAAAAACGGCUCUUCCAUUUCCAAGCGCCGCUGGCAUUGAGGACGGACAGUAGCGGGGGGCAAGAAGUAACGAGGGCGACCAUGUUGUACCAAAUGGAUUUGAGGCUCACGACGGAGACCCUCAGGUUGGACUUGGAGGGAUGGGAAGAUGACGAGGACGAAAGUGCCGACGUGUCUUUCCAAGGUUGCAUUGUGGAGUAUCACCCGGGGAUUCCAAACGGGGACACGGAAAGCAACCAGUUUUUGAUCAAGAUUAAAAUGAAGAACGGCAGUUCCCGGUGGUUCAAAGUCAGUGGGGUAUCUGAUGAAACAAAAUGGAUGGCCGCGCGUUCGUCGGCAUCAACUGAAGCGCGAUCGAAAGAUCGCUCGAGGACACGGUACACGAUAUAUAGAGGUCUGCGCGGUGGGACUAGCGAGGGGGCCUUGGACACCAGGGAGGUCGUGGCACAUUACGGCCUUUAUUUUGCCGAAAACGAUGGGGGAAAAAUCAAAAUGCCGAACAAGCCUCGCGUCCUUGCGAAGAGGGCCGUUAUGAUGGAUGAAUUAUACAACCUUGCGCGGACUGGGAGCCUGAUUCGCACAGGCCCCGGAGAACAAUGGCAGUUCACCUAUCCAUACUACCAAGCUGGAGAACGGCAAUACGGAAGGCUGGUUUUCCGACCGCCGGUGUCGGACGAGGCGCUGGACAAGGCGCCGGACGAGGCGCAGGAAAAGCUGCAGGACAAGCUGCAGGACGAGGCGCCGGACAAGGCGCCGCUCGAGGCGGAGGCGUUUGAGCGGGCAAUGGCAUCCAUAGGUGGAACGAAAAAAGGCAUCGGCGCGACCAGUGCGACGCAGAAAGUAAGGGUAGCGAAGUUGUACCAAAUGCACUUCGCGGAUGAGGCGAAGGGAAAUAUUCGGGGUCUCAACUUGGAGGGAUGGGUAGACGAGGAAGAUAGCGACGACGAUUUCAAUGGUUGCGUUGUGAAUUCUCAUUUUGAACCCUCAAAGGGCGCAACUGACGCAAACCCUGGUGAAGCAGCCGCGCAGCUCUGGGUCCAGAUCACGCGCGAAUGCACCGAGAACGCGUCUGCUGUCUCAUUUCGUUGGUUUAAGGUUUUCGGCGUACUGCUUCAGCAGGUUGGUGAGUCUCAUGCGAUCUCGUCUCUGAACAUACAACAAUAUAUGUUCGGGGCUCAGGCACAGGCCACGGUAAAUCGCAUAGAUUCUUCUCCCCGUAAAUGUAAAAUAACUAGGGGCUUGCGCAAGUGGAGCGAUUCCAAAACAGUCGUGGCAGAUUACCGUUUACAUGUAGCCGGCAACAAUCCUGGAAUGUCGAACAAGCCCGUCUUUGCGAAGAAGGGCACUGAGGGACGUUGGAUGGAUGAGAUAUACAACCUUGCGCGGACUGGGAGCCUGAGUCUUCCCGCAAAAGAACCCGGCCAGACCACGUUUGUCUACACUGAUGAGCAGCAGCGCCAAAAAAAGCUUCUUCUGGAACUGGAUGAUAAUGCUGUGAAGGCUGCCCGCGAGCUGUUUCCAGCGCAGGCGACACGGUGGGGGUGCCCCACAGGCAGAUGUUCAGGAUCUGCCACCGCACCCCCACCGGAAGACGCCUCGUCACAGACGGUAAGAGCCGCAAAGCUUUAUCAAAUGGACUUUGAAAAGCCUAGAAGCGCGGCCCCCGAGCCCGAAACUGCGGACCAGUCCCAGGGUGACCGCCAGGCUCCCAUUGCGAUUCGUGGCCUCAACUUAGAGGGAUGGGCAGUCGAGGGAGAGGCAGCGGACUUUUGGGGCCGUAUCGUAGGAGUCGCCGCAUUGCCUGGGAGCCAAGAAGGCCAAGAAGAGGCAGGGGAGCGCUUUUUGGUUCAGAUUGAGUAUACUCCGCAUGAACCGUCCAAAAUACCAAAAGCUUUCGGCUCUAGUGCGGCUAUGCCGAGAGCUUGGUUCGAGGUGGCCGGCGCUUUUUCGGCCGGAGAUGAGGACGCCAGGCUUUCUGGCUCCGUCGAAAAAUGGGAUUUGAGUAGUCGCAAGGAAGACGAGGCCGCGAGAAUGAGAGCGGCAAUGCUUCACGUGGCGAGGACGCCGGACUCGUCCUGGUAUAAAAUGAAUACUGGUAUGCGCGGCCGGCAUUGUCUGUCCCGUCGAGCCGCGUUUGACUCAAGUAAGCUGGAUCCUGAGCGGCCCGUGCCGCAUUACUAUUACCGCAUUGCCAAGUAUCAAACAAAAAUAAAAGUUCGGCACGAUCACUCAUGCGUGUUUUUACCAUAUAAAAGUGUUUGCCAUGCGUAAAAAUGCAUGACAGUGAGACUACAUAUGGGAUUUCCGUUGUGUUUGUGCAAUACAAGAAAAAGCUGUGAUGCCAGAAAAAUAUGUCUUUCAAAACCUGGAAUGUCGCAACUGUGACCACGAACUUUUUUCUUUCGAUACCCAGGAUGGGAAAAGCGCGGCGAAGAAGAAUGGCGUUUUUGUGAGUAGGGGACGUCAAAACGUAGCGAAGCACGCGAGUGCUGCCGCAGCGUCGUCCUCGUUUCUCAGCUGGUUCACGGGCUGGCGUGGUUCUUCAAAAAAAAGGGGUCCGGACUUCCUGCAGGCAUAGAUGGUGGGCCGUGUAUAAAUAAAAGUAUUUUUUGGGCUAAUAAUUUCGAAAAAGUGUAUCUGUAUGGGCUCUAUGGUUUUUGUUUCGCUUUGUUCUGUUUUUUCUUAACAUUUUCAUGUACAAUUCAAGGAUUUCCGUUGUUUACCUUCCUGCAUCACCUUUUUUUUUUGAAAUACAAACGACUUUUCUUUUUCUAGGUUGCAUAUUAUAAUUCACAUAAAGAUAUCGGUGACACCGUGCAUCGGGCUUGAAAAUUGAAACUACUCUGGUGCUUACUCAAGAAAUAAAGACUCACCUUUGUGCAAAUGCCGCAUGAUUAUUUACACGCGAAAUAUAAAACUCUGGCAGCGGGGCAAAAACCGAG